AAAUAAUUCAAAUACGUAAAAGAUAACAGAAGAAAAAGAGAUUUAUACCAUUUUACACUUGGUGUGGUACCUGCUUUAACUGACCAACGAAUCUUACUUCAACUAUCGAAGUUAGGAAAUGAAUAGAUUUUUAAAAGCCUUCAGUUAUUCAUGAAAGUUUGUUGCUAAUAUCUAUAAGAAGAACAAUUAAUUGCGUAUAACAGGUAACUAUUCACCAGGAAGACUGUUUUAACUAUUUCAGUAAAGUUUCUUCACGGUGGUCAAGUUUUUCAAAAUGACAAGUCUCUCCUUUUUAUCUACUCUUUCUGGAAUUGCAGAAAAUGCUAAACAAAUUGCUAAAAACUCCAAUAUUAAUUUUGAAGACCAUGAUCUGUCUCACACAGAUUUGGUACGCCUCUUGGAAUCAAACUCGGAUACAGGGAAACUGGAAGCCCUGCACUACAUUAUCGUGCAAAUGAUGCAUGGAGAAGAUGUCUCUAUUUAUUUUCCAGACGUUGUUAAACUAGUAGUUUCUGAAAAUCCAGAAAUACGAAGACUUGUGCAUAUAUACCUCACACACUAUGCUGAGUUCAAUCCAGAUUUGGCCUUGCUUUGCGUAAAUACCAUUCAAAAAACACUUUACGACAAGAAUCCUCUGAUUCGGGCUGCUGCUAUUCGUGCUAUGAGUAGCAUUCGAGUGCCUGCUAUAAAUGGAAUAGUACUGUUAGGAAUUCAACAAUCAAUGAAUGAUUCUUCUCCAUUGGUUCGCCAGAGAGCCGCUCUUGCGAUUUUGAAAUGUCACUCUCUCGAUCCUUCCUACUACGACCAAUUAGUAGAAUGUAUUCGUCUACUAUUGCUGGAUAGUCAUCCACUGGUUGUGCCUGCUGCAUUGGCAGCAUUUGAAGAGGUAUGCCCUGAAAAUUUUAUUAUAUUCCAUCCUGCCUUUCGGAGAAUUUGUACCCUCUUUAGUAAAUUUAAUGACUGGGAUAAAACUGUGGCAUUGAAAAGCAUGAUUCGUUAUGCUAGACUAAAUCUACCGAAACCCGAGUUGACAAAUACAGUUCAUAAGGAUUUAAAGCUUUUUUUGGAGUCUGUCGAUUAUUGUUUUUAUUCAUUAUUACCUAGCACUGUUUUGGCUGGCUGUUGCGCAUAUUACUACUUGGCUCCAACGAAUGAAUUGCAUAAAAUUGUUCAGCCCCUACUCCAACUUCUCACUGAAAAACCAACCGUUCGACUUAAUACUCUAUUAUACAUCAGACAUAUAACUUUUUCGAGACCGGAACUCUUCAAAAAUGAUAUUAAAUCAUUCUUUUUGUUUGGAUCCGACGAUGUGAAGACUUCUAUAGUAAAACUCGAAGUCAUAUCACAUUUAUUGGAUCCUGAAAAUGCAAACUACGUUUUCCCUGAACUUUGUCACUACGUGUUCAACCAUUCCAAUUCGAGGGUCGCAUCUACUGCUGUUAGAACUAUAGGAAAAUUUGCAAAAAACACGUGUUCUAUGACUUCAUUAUGUUUGAGUUCUUUAUUAAGAAUGCUUGAAUCGGGGAACGAUUUCAUCGUUACCGAAGCAGCCUCUUCGUUACGAAUUCUCAUUCAUAAUGAUCCUCAGGAGAUAUAUUUGAUUUAUUUGGCUUCAAUGUAUGAAAAGUUUCAUGUCCCCGUAGCAAAAGCGGCAACCUUGUGGCUUAUUUCGGAACACAUACAGCAAAUGAUGCACGUUGCUCCCGAUUUGCUUCGCAUUGCUGUAAAGACUUUUGCCGACGAGGAAUUGGAAGUAAAAUAUCAAAUUUUGGAUUUGGCGGUUAAGCUAUAUGUUGCAAACUCAACAUACGAGCAAAACGAAUCAGUUCUUGAAAAACCAAAUCCUGUCAAUUUAUUAUAUAAGUAUGUUCUGUCUAUUGUUCAUUUUGACAUGAGCUAUGACCUAAGGGAUCGUGCUCGAUACUACAAAUCGCUUACUAGUGCACCCUUUACCGACUUUACUCGUAAGAUUCUUCUAUCAAAAAAACAAUUGAUAGAUACUUCAGAAGAUAACAGACGAGAUUAUUGUUUGGGUACAACCAGUGUUUGCUUGGAUGCUCAUGUUCAGGGUUAUGCACCUGUUCCGGAAUGGGCCGACGUAUCUGCUAUACCAAAUGAUGAUGUUCGUGAGACUAAUCUGAACAUCGAAGCAACUACUAGUGCUGGACCGUCCUCUUACCAAAAUACGGAUAAUGUUAAAUCUCUUUCUUCUGAGGCGUUCACCGGUGGAAACUCGAAUUUGACGUCUACUAUCAAACCAAGAUUCGUUGGUCAGCAAUCCUUGGAAGAAUUUUACCAAAGUGAUGAUAGCAGCAGUUCCGAAGAGUAUGAAGACGACUCGACUGCUGAGGAAGUUACUGAUGAUUCUGAAGAGGAAGAAAAUGAAGAUGUCAAUAAUGGUAGUAGCGAUGAUGAUGAUAAUAAUGACCGGGUUGAUGUUCAUGAGGGUGAAAAUGAAGAAUCACUAAGACAAGAAGAAAUAAAUAGUAAUACUGAAGGGUACUCCACUAAAGAAGAUGCGAGCACAGAAAGCAGUGUUCUAUCUACUGUAAGUGUCAUAAAACAACCGAUUAUUCCUGCAGAGCAGAAUCUUUGGCGUUCCUAAUAAUUUUAUGCCGAUAUAUCAAAAAAUCAAAAGCGAAUCUUUUAUUAUUACUAUCUUAGGCAUAGACGUUAAUGAACUAGACAGAAAAAGAGUUGGGAAAUAUCAUAAUCCUAAACUGUUUGGAGAAUGAAAGAAUUCACUACCAAGAAGCUUUUCUAAAAAAUUGUUAGAAUACACAGAUAAUUCGUAUAUUACAUAAAGCAGAAACAUACCGUACGCCGGGUAACUGAUUUGCUCUAGCUUUGAUACGAAAGGCAAACUAGACGUUUCAUGUUAGUACAUCAAGCGAAAGCAUACUAUUUAACAUUUACAUACUCUUGCAAGUCGGAAUGCGCGAAAAACACCACGGCCUCUACCAGUAGCAACGCAACGGUUUUUUAUUUUAGUAGGAUGUGAGUUUUCUGGAAGGGAUUCGAUUCUGUUCUUAGCUUCUAAGCGAACGCGUAAAGGCAACUCAGGAUUUCUGUAGAUAUAUAAAUUGCUUUGGCGCUCCACUUCAUGUUUUGCGAAAAGAUUUCUGCAAAGAAAGUCUCGGUACGCCUUAUGUUUUAAACGACCAACGAAUUGCAUUUUCUCGAUGAAAUGCAAAGAGAAUAAAUCUAAGAGGUACGGAAAAGGCGAGUAAUUAACGCCAGGGAAAAGGAGGUGGAAUGUAUCUUCAGAGGUUCAUUAUGCCCAAAACAAUAUAAGACUAGUUAGGGCUACAGUAAUAUUUUCUAAAAAUAUGCUUACAGAGUAAUUGUACAACACUUAUCAUUACAUGUUUUUUG